AUGGACGCUUCGGACCAAGCCCCAUCACCGCGCGGGGCGCAGUGCGGGGGCCGGGUCCGGUCCCUCCCCAGCUCGGAGGCGGAAGGCAAGCGCCGGGUCGCAGCUGCGCUGGGACGAGUUGCCGACGACUACCCCGAAUUCGAGAAGCUGCGGCGGCUGACCGUGGAGUUUGCCAGUCUAGAUCUGGUGUGCUUCGCGGACCAUUCGGCCCAGUGCCUUUUUUCUGCGGUGCGUGGGACGGACAGAAGCUUCAACCCCCGCACCACGCCGAACGACAUGCGAAGUAACGUGAGCAUCAUCCUCGGAUAUGGCCCGCCAAGGGCAGACACGGCUCUCAGGGAGUACCGGAGGGUACGGGAGUCCUUUCCGGGCUACGUGUCCUAUGGAUGUGGCCAUUCCCUGGGUGGGGCUGUGAUUUUGCACACGGCCAAAGCGGUGGAAGACUUGCAGGGCUUAGCCUUCGAGCGCAUUGACGUGUUCAACACCGCCACGUCUCCACUGAAGUCCUCCUUCACCCCGCUGUCCAGAACCACUUUGCACGCGCAUCGUGUGGAGGGCGACUGGGCCUCUUGGGGUCUUCAGCACAUGGACCUCGGAAACGCCCAGGUGCACAUCCACGAUGCUAAGAGCACCAUCCAAGACUGCCACUCAUUGAAGCACUUCCUGCCCAGCAAGGCGGUCGACCUGGAGCCUGCCCCAAGCAUCGACAAUCGGGUCGCUGAGCCUCGCCAUUGCGAGGUGACGGCAUCCGGCGAGUUAAGCCUGCGGCGGCACUGGUCGCACCAAUCCUGGUGGAGCGGCUUGCUGGGAUCCUGCGUGGGUUUGCACCGCAAGGGCCGAUGCCAAACUCCUGCGGCGCUGUCCAGCCAGAGCAGCAGGCCCCAGCCGCUUCUCAGCGGUGAAAAAGCCGAGGGAGGCCGCGUCUGA